ACGUUGCUGAAGACACCUGAUCUCUACGGGGGCGCAUUUAUUGGACUGACGACAUAUAAGCCGAAAGAAUACAAUUGGACGGAUGGAACACCGUUUGAUUAUAAUGCUUGUGAGCAGCUGUUUUGGGAAAAUGCAAAACUUGAUGAUGCACAGGUUGCCGAAAAAGAAUUCCGAAAUCCGCAAAAUGUUGUCGCUUUUGAAUUUGCGACAAAACUUUAUCAUUUCCGCAUGCAGGAAGUUUUGUCUCCAAGCUGA